UCGUCAGUAAAUGUCACGGUAGAUUCACAAGCCUCGUGCCAUCUAACAUUUCAGAAACUGAUCUACUUUACACAUCUCAUUCCUCUACUGUAUCUAAGCUGUCUGAUGUCAAAUGUCAAUAUCACACUACAGGGGAGGCCUUAAACAAGCUCUUCAAUUUCUAUUUUGCUCGUGUGACCAUAUAUAUUAUUUGAAUUCAUUUGCUUGUUAAUUGAACCCAAACAUAAUGAAAAAACAACCAACCAACCAACCAACCAAAAACAAAAAACAAAACACAUCACAUGACAUUUGGAUGAAGAUUAGAUUUGUUUCAGAUGUGAUCAAAAUAAAACAGCGGCCAUUUUGCAACAAUUUACAGCCACAUUUCUCUAAAGCUGCAAGUGACAAUUCUGCCACGUGCCUCUUGGUGCAGCUUGCCAACUAAGCACAAUGUGGAGGUCUUAUGUCCUCUGAGUUUGGCUGUGAAGGCAAGCAUGUUGCUGUAUGUUAAAUUUAACCUGUGGCAAAAGGCAAACAAGCUAUGGAGGGCCCGUAUUAGUAACGCUGCAUGUCUCAGGCAGAGAGUAAAAUAGGCGACGAGAAACUCCGAUUUGUGCUCGUGUUCCUGUCCUGUGUCCGUGUGAGUCCGUUUCUGGGAGUCAAUUAAGCUGCUCCCCUGCAAAAGACUGCAACUGUUAUAUUUCCCACAGACCUUGAAGGCGCCACUUGGAGCUGCUGAGAUUUGAGCCCCGCGUUGAAACGGGAGAGCUGACAGGAGCGGCGACGCACGUGGGCAUCUAAAACAGUCAGAGCUGCGGCACAUCACGGCUGAAACCUCCCGCCUCGGGAGACUCCUUCAUCUCGGGACACUCUUCGCACCGAAGAAGAGGAAAGGACAGUAUGUUUCCUCUGUGUAUUUUGGUGAUGGUGCUGUGUCUCCAGUUCGGAGGGCCCUGCAAUGCCAUUCAUGUCGUGGAGCUAUGGAACCUUCAGGUGGAGUUUGGGGAACCAGCCAUCUUGCCCUGUAAUGGCUCAGCCUACCUCGAGGAGGAAGGGACCGUCCAGUGGGAGGCCAUGGGGGAGGAUGUGGCAAUUUUGCGAGGAGGAGAACUAAGAGAGGGGGACAGAUUUAUGGGCCGAAUCUGGUUGCCCUCAGAAGAGAAGGUCAGGGAAGGAGACUGGUCCGUGGUCCUCCAGAGCGCCAUGUUCAGUGACUCGGACAUGUAUGAGUGCAUUUUGGAAGGAAGGAAAACCCUGUCAACAGUGUGGCUUACAGUGACGGCACCCCAAGUAGAGCGCUCCCUCGUGGUGCCUGUGGGUGACACCGCGAUUCUAACGUGCUACAUUGAGAUUUCCAGAAGCGAGUCGCAGAAUGAACUGCAGGUCUGGUGGACCAAGGACGGCAACAUUACAAUCACAGGACAAACCAGGGGUUUGGUCACUGAUGAUACGGUGUUUCUUCCUGAGGAUUUCUCUCGGCUUUCUAUCUUAUGCGAUACUAAAGAAAAAUGCAAUCUUCAUAUAAACCCAACAUCAGUGAGAGACAAUGGAGAAUACCACUGUUUGUAUAAAGCCAAAGAUUCUGACGAGCCGAGACUUGGAUUUCCAGAGAGUAUUACACUGACUGUGCAGGAGACAAUUCCUACAGUUUUCCCUUCUGAUGAGACAACUACUGAAAAUCCACUUGAUCCUGUACUUGUGCACCUGGAAGAUCCAACGCAACCAAUAACAGUGAUGACUGAGUCACAGCCGAUGGAAGCCUUCGAGGAGGUUGUGACGUCGUUCCCAGAUGAAGUAAUGACAGAGUCACAGCCAGUGGAAGCCUUCGAGGAGGUGGUGACGUCAUUCCCAGAUGAAGUAAUGACAGAGUCGCAGCCAGUGGAAGCCAUCAAAGAGUGGGUGACGUCAUUCCCAGAUGAAGCCCUGUUUGAAGGCAGGGAAGAGACAUCUCUGCAGUGGGACACUCUCCCUUGGAUUCGGAUCGGACUCAUCGCUGGAGUCUUGCUGGUCACAGCGAUGGUCCUGUGCGUUCUGGGAGCUCUACGGAAGAUCUGAGGGACAAAGCAGGAUCGAUGGAUUCCCACUUCUGCCAGUCAGCUGACCUGCGUGCUUCAGAGGGUUUGAGUUGGACCUUGAGCUUGAUGCACAAGGAAAAGCUUCUUUAUUUGGUUGAAAGGGCUUCUGUGGUUGGGCUCACCACAGAUGACCUGUUGUUGAAACCAGACGGUGAACUGUGAGUGUUAACAACACAAGCUUUUAACAAGUACUCAUGUCAGAGCUCAGAGUUUGGUUUAGAUUUCUGUAUAACUGACCUGCAGUAUGAGGAAACAUACAUAACAUGAUGCACUGUUUUGUACCUGUAUUUUAUUAUUAUUAUUAUUAUUAUUAUUAUUAUUAUUAUUAUUAUUUUGGCAAGCGUUCAAUGGCUCCUGAAGAAUUUUGACAGGAACGCUACAUGUGUUUGUUUGGCCAAGUUGCUUGUUUAACGCAACAGCAAAUUAAACAAUAGGGACACAAAUAUGACAAUUAUUACUUAAUAGCUGCUAUUCACAUAAUGUCCAGGGGUUAUACAGGCGCAUUCAGUGUGUAAAAUGCAGCAUAAUGUACAUUUCUAGAGAUUAAACAUCAGUUAUACAUAGACAGAUACGCUCACUACUCUGCUGAUAUAACAGAGCCAACGGCACACGUCAAAAUUCACAGGGACCUCUCUCAAAAAAACGGGUGUUUAUACUUGAAGUGACAGCCUGUCUCUAAAAUCAGCAUCAAAUAAAUGCUUUUUUUCUUCAGAUAAGGUGAUGAUAGUGGCUGGCUAUUUCUGAGUUUCUGGCAGUUGCCAGGUUAGCUGGGCUCAUGACUGAUGAUGGCCAAAUGGGUCAAGAUGUCCCAGGGCCAUGUUCUUCUCCCGAGAGGCUGUUUCAUCAUCACUUAAAAUGUUAGAUGAGAUUUUUAUCAGAGGAAUGAUUGAUGUGUAUCGCUGACUUCCACAUGAUUUCCCAUGUUUGCUUGCUUGCAUUGUACUCAGUGUGUCAGGUACACGGGUAGAAGACCGGAUCCUGACUCAUCCCCCCUGGAUAGGAAUGAGGAACAGGUGCAUACAGGGGAGAAUGAAAUUCAAUACAGAAAUAACUGUGUGCCAAACUGUGCUCUAAACGGCAGUCAUAUCAGACAUGUAUGACUAGUAGUGUGAUAGUAUGUCCUGAGAUUUGUAGUUAUGUAUGUUUAUUUCUCAUGCAUUUCUCCAGAAGUUUAAAAAAAAAAAAAAAAAACUUUUUCUUAAGAGAAACUA